AAAUUUCCCAACAACGCUAUCUAGAAAAAAUUUGGACACUAACAAUGGUACACAAAUCCUGUCCAAUCUGUAUCAUUACACAGUAAGUGGGUACUAUGGCGACUACAACUCCAAACACACUUACCUAUCCCACGACCCAUGAGUUCUAUGUCAUCAUCAGAAGCGCAAAAAAUGGUAUGGUACUCACCGCAGGCUCAGAUUCGGUCUCCUUGCAAGAGUACAAUCCUUCGUCCAGUAGACAACUCUGGUCGUUACAAAAUGCGCCACGUGGAAAAGUAAUUUUAAAUGCUCAUCACGGAAAGGUUUUAGAUGUCCAAGGUGGAGCCUCAAUGAAUCACAGGAUCACCCUCAGCGAUAGAACCGAAGGAAAAAGUCAGUACUGGAACCUUAAUUCCGAUGGAACUAUUACUAGUCCUGGUACACACUUAGCACUUGACGUAACAAUGUUGAAUAAAUUGAAAGUGUGGUCUAGACAUGGAAGACUUAAUCAGAGGUUCGCCAUUCUGAAAACCGGUUAACAUGUACUUACUACUUUGCAUAUGUUCUAUCUAUUUCAUGACUUAAAUAAAAUUUGACUACAAAGACAA